CCCGACAAGAGGAGAAAGUUCACCGGCGAUGCUCCGUUCGUUUCCCUCUGUCUGCGGGUGGUGCUGAACGUUUGCACGCACGCGGACCGGGCGGUGGGGGCUGGGAUACGGUACGUGUGAGAGAACAUAAAGAGAGAACAGGACUUGACUAGCCUGUUUAUUUUCCAAGCGGAAAUUUCCACGUGUUUGCGACAGACACAAGAGGAAGAGUGAGAAGGAUGAGGGGGGGAAGCCUGAGUUUCUUUUCGUGAAAGAAUGAAAAAUGUAUAGGAAAUAGGCCUGUCAACGAACAGAGACUGGAUUUGUACGAUUCUAAGCUAUAUCAAGGAAAUAACUUACUUAUUUCAACCAAGACACAUCUGGAAAUAGUCGUUCCUCGGACGUUCUCUGACAGAAUUAGAUUGAGAGAUCGUUCACAGCUUUGUGGAAGUUACCUGUGGCGUUGAUGUUAAGGCCAAGGCUCCAGGUCAGUGGGUGUAGUGGAGUAGAGGCAUCCCAGGGAGGAGUGAGAUUCUGGGGAUGAGAGGUACCUCCUCCCUCCCUGUCUCCCGCAGAGAAUCAGGAGAACACUGGGACUCACUAACAGAGUGUGUUGGGUGUAUGUCUGGUGUUGUCCAGGUAACAUGGCUCUGGUUCAGACCCUGCCUGUGUCUGUGACUGACCACCCCAAGCCUCCCACAAGCCUCCAUAUCGUCACCCUCUCCCCUGUCGUCGGAGGGCCCUGUGACCCCUUUGUCCCCGGAGCCACCAUGGGCUCCGUCAGCAGCCUCAUCUCUGGCCGGACCCAUCAGGAGCAGCGACACUGCCGGGCUGCCAGAGAGUUCAGCACUAAGCCACGCCGUAACAACCCAACUACCAAUUGUUUCAAGCUCCAGGGUGAUAGCAACACCCUGCCCAGCGGGAGCUCCCUGGAACAACUACUGAUCAUCAACAACCAGACCCAGCUCCAGCCCACCAAGCUCCAGCCGCCGCCACUGCCCACAAAGAAGCAGCCUCGGGCGGGUAACUCUGCUGGGGGGGCUGGGUGUGUGGCUGGAGGUGGUGGUGGUAGUGGAGGGAAUGGGAACUAUGGGUUUGUGAGGGAGGAGGUAGUGACUGUAGGAGACCAGAAUGAUAACCAUGUGGUGACGGUGGGGAGUCCGUGUAGCGACUCGGAGGAGCAGAGGAAUAACCGAGGUCUCAACGGGAAUAUCAGCGGGCCGCCGCCCAAACUCAUCCCUGUGUCGGGAAAACUGGAGAAGAACAUGGAGAAGAUUCUGAUCCGUCCCACCGCGUUCAAACCGGUGGUCCCGAAGAACCGCCACUCAGUACAAUACCUCUCCCCGAGACCAGGGGGCAACCUCUCUGAGAGCCAAGGCAGCCUCAACCUCCUCUUGCCCCUGUCGAUCAAUGGGAAUAAUGGAAAUACAGUGGUCAAUAACGUGAAUACCGUGUUCAAUAACGUGGUCAAUGGCACUGGGAGCUACGGGAACGUUGUACCUCUGGUCGGCUCGUCUUCUUCCUCAGAUAGCAAGAGGAACUCAUACAGCGGAGGACGCAAUGCUCGCAACAGCCAUUCCUGCUCCAUGUCAGACUCUGGCCGUAACUCCCUGUCCAGCCUGCCCACCCACAGCAGCAAUGGCUACAGCCUGGCCAAUAGCGAGGCCUCCGGGUCGGGUUCAGGGUCUGGGGGGUCCAGGGUGGGCCCGGAUCCUGGGAGAACCACCACCACAAAUGGAGGGUCGGGGAUCAACGGAGGUCACGCCCACUCUACCUCCCACGGUCACUCAAACUCGGACAGCGGGCGGUCGUCGACCAGUAAGAGCACAGGGUCGCUGAGUGGGCGAGGCCAGCCCCUGUCGGACAGCGGGUCAUGUGGGCGCUCGCCCCCGACCCUGGAGGGUUAUGAGGGGGUGGUGAGGGAGCUGGAGGAGAAGUUGAGGGAGAGAGACCUGGAGCUGCAGCAACUCAGAGAGAACCUGGACGAGAACGAGGCCGCCAUCUGUCAGGUAUACGAGGAGAAGCAGCUUCGCUGUGAGAGAGAGCUGGAAGAGCUGAGACAGAGCUGUUCCUCUGAGAUGAAACAGGCUUCACAGAAGGCCCAGAGAGUACAACAGGCCUUACAGCUACAGGUGUUCCAACUGCAGCAGGAGAAGAAGAAGCUCCAGGAGGACUUCUCCUCUCUGCUGCAGGACAGGGAAGAGUUGGAGAGGAGGUGUGCCUCUAUACAGAGAGAGCAGACCCAGCUGGGACCACGCCUAGAAGAGACCAAGUGGGAGGUGUGUCAGAAAUCAGGUGAGAUCUCCCUUUUGAAACAGCAACUGAAGGAGAGCCAGUCAGAGCUGAGCCAGAAGGGCGGGGAGCUGGUGGUCCUGAAGUCCCAGUUGAGAGAGGUCAGGUCCGAUCUCCAGAACUGCCAGGCUACGACCCAGGAGGCUGGGUCGGCACUACGAACACGCUCCCUGGAGCUGGAGGUCUGCGAGAAUGAGCUCCAGCGCAGGAAGAGCGAAGCCGAGCUGCUCCGCGAGAAAGUUGGACGCUUGGAGGAAGAGUUGGCGCACCUCCGAGAUGCCCUGGCCAAUCAGGGAGGAGGUUAUAUUCCUGGAGGCCAGGCACCAGCCACUAAGGGCCAAUGUAUGAGCCUGCCCCUCCCCCAGGGGCGUGGGGGUGUGAGGGGUGGAAGGGGGGGCCUCUGCCCCUCUGUGGGGUACCGAGAGGCGGAGGAGGGGAGGCUGGGUUGGGGAGGGGAGAGUGAUGAGACCAAGGCUCAGAGGCAGAGUGCUGAAGCUGUGCUGGGACUCAGGCAACAGGUGGAGAGGCUGAGGGCAGAGCUGAUGUAUGAGAGGAGGAGCAGUGAGGAGCAGCUGGGAGGAUUUGAGGAGGAGAGGAGGGUCUGGCAGGAGGAGAAGGAAAAGGUGAUCCGCUACCAGAAGCAGCUGCAGCAGAACUACAUCCAGAUGUACAGGAGGAACAGAGAUCUGGAGAGGGUGAUGAGAGAGCUCAGUCUAGAGCUGGAGAACAGAGAUGUAGAGGACUACGACGUCCACAGCGGCAGCAACGACAUCCACUUCGAGGAGAUCGCCGCUACUGAGAUCUAAAGGGACCAUACAAGGGUGUCCUCUCGCCCCAGUGAGAUUUAGAGACCAGACAGGGGCGUUGUCUAACCCCAGUGAGAUUUAGAGACCAGACAGGGGCGUUGCCUAACCCCAGUGAGAUUUAGAGACCAGACAGGGGCGUUGCCUAACCCCAGUGAGAUUUAGAGACCAGACAGGGGCGUUGUCUAACCCCAGUGAGAUUUAGAGACCAGACAGGGGCGUUGCCUAACCCCAGUGAGAUUUAGAGACCAGACAGGGAUUUGUCAUACCCCAGUGAAAUUUAGAGACCAGAUAGGGAGUUGUAUAACCCCAGUGUCCACUCGCUCCCAUGACAAUUAGUACCAGCACCCUGAUUUGAUCUGAUUUCCCCAUCACUGCUACUGAGAGGUCUGCAUCCAAAUGGAACCCUAUUCGCUAUGUAGUGCACUUAUUUUGGCUAGAGAACAGGUUACCGUUUUAAAUUUGCAUCCAGACUACAGAGGGUGUACCUGGACUUACUCCCCUAACCACAGUACCAGCACUCUUUACUUCUCUACACUCUUAGGAAAAGAUGUGCUAUCUAGAACCUAAAAGGGUUCUCAUCUGUUCCCAUAGGAUAACCCUUUGAAUAACUAGUUUUGGUUCCAGAUAGAACCCUUUAGGUUCCAUGCAGAAGCUCAAACCAAAAAGGGUUCCCCCAUGGGGACAGCCAAAGUAUAGUUUUGGAACCCUUUUCUCUAAGUGUGUAUGCUGUCAUGGACAGGGAGCAUCUCUGUCUCAGGGUUGAGUUACUCCACUAGACACUGGGAUGCACCCUCCUCUAGGGCCUCACAGGAACAGCUGACUGACUACCUGCAGUCAGAAAGGACUCCAUCACUUCGCCAUUCGGACUUGAAAGAAGUUUAGGGUGUAUCUCAACAGUUUAAAGUGGUUUCCUUUCCAGAUUGAGAUUCACCCUCAGACCAACACAUCCUCCUUGCCUUCUCACAUGGGUUUGAUUGCCCAGCUAUAGUACCAGCACUCUAUGGGAUGUAUACUAUGACUUUUGACUUGAGAAACAAGCAGGCAUCACUCAAACCUUGCUCAAAUCAGGGCAUUGAAAGCAAUGGGAGUCUCAGAUAAAGGGCACAAAUCUCAGAUCAAGUCAAGUGAAAUCAUCUCUGUAUAUAGCACACAGGGGUGACUACCUGACGACCAGCACAUAAUUAUGACAUCACAAUAAAGAUGGCAUCACCCCUCGACUGUGUUUACAUUUGUCCACAGGACUCAGAGCAAAUGUUCCACUUUUACAAUGUGUUCUCAUGUUAUAUAUACAGUAUUCAAUGGAUCAUCAACUCAUCUAGAAGUAGCAAUUUUAAGCGACAGCCUGGUCUUUUUUGAGUUACAGAAACACUGGAGUAUUUUAAUGGAGUGUAUAACGAUUCUUGGCACAUAGCAAGUGCAACCAUUCAGUUAUCAACACCGGCUAAGACACAAACUAGGCUACACCAAGAGAAUACAUGGGAUAAUUUUGCACAAAAACUCAUAAUGCUCUUUUCAGUUCUGGACGUGACUGUUCUGUCUUUCUCAUGUAGUUGACCCCUUUGUAUGGACACAGAAGAGAUAGAAGCAUGUAGCAAUAAGAGGGAGUGCAGCUUGGGAGAUCUCACUCUCAUAUGAAAGGAAGAAACAAAUCUCUGUCUCUUUCCUGUUAACUAGCACAGACUUUCAUAUCAAAAGAAGAAACAAACAUUUAUUGGUUAAACCUAAAGCUGCCCGUCAAAGAUAUUGAUGCUGCAUCGGCUGCUGGGACUGUUAUGGAGCCUUCUUGGAUCCAUGAGGUCAGGGGUCGUGGAUCAGGAAGCCUUUGGUGGCACUUUCCCUGAUGGUAUCACAGUGAAAGCAACAAAACAUCAUUGUCAAACUGUACUGUAGGCCUCCCUCCCUUGUCCUCUCUCACACACUCUGGACUGUGAAUACUCUUCCGAGUAUUACUAGACCCACCCCCCUCUCCCUCCGUCACUCAAAAAAGCCAAAUAACACUUCCUAGUCUUCCUGUCCCUGACUGUGAGACUCCCUCACUGACAUGUAGAUAAUGUGGAUGGCAUGAUUGCAUGUCUUUCCCUGUCUGUCAGAGUCGGUCCAGAUAAUGUAGGGGUUUGUGCUGGACAUUGCAUGAUAGAUUAGCCUAAAGCAUGACACCCCGGUCAUUAUGGAACUGUUACACUGGUUAUAUUGUUGCCUUGGGAGAUCCAAGGGGGAUUGGACUGAAAUCUCUGGUCAACAUAUUGGCAGCCACUAGGAACCAUAGAAAUAUAAUUACUAUAAUGUAAUUCUAUGUCUAUGCUGGUUCCUGAAUAAAUAAGGCAGUCUUCAGCUGUGCUUUCUCAUAAGAAUGGAUUCAACUAGAGGUGUGAUCUUUUGUAUUACAGAGUAAAACAAAGUAUAUAAAAAAGAUUCUUAAACAGAUAAAUAAAAAUCAAUAUGAUCUAUGAUGAUGAUGUGUAUAUUUUUUAUAUAGCGCCUGAAGAUAUUUUGUGGUAACACCGGUACCAUUGUGGGUUUAAUAUACAAAGUAUAAUAAAGAUUUAUAUAUAUCUUUGCAGCACCA